AUGUCUGCGCAAGAAGCAACAGAUGCCCUGAACCAGAGUGGUAGCCUCGGAGGUGUAUCCAAGGGCCACCAGAACUCGCAGCUGACCAGGAAAACAGGCUCGGUAUCCAAGUCGCAGAAGAAGAAGAACAAGAAGAAGAAUGCUGCGAACAAAGCACAAGAGUCGGAUAAGGUGAACGGCACCCAAACAGCGUCGCAAGCCGAGGAGCAUGACGAGGCAGAAGAUGGAGAGGAACAGCCGUCAGCCGCGCAACAUAACGACCCCGAUGCCGACGACGUAGACGACGAAGAGCGACCGCUCUCUCCGGCCACCAUUCAAGCCAAUGGCACACAACACCACAGCAUAUCGUCCGCAGUGGCACUCGGGCUCUCCAGAUCACGGUCGCAGCAGGGCCUGUCGCCUUCACCACCACCCCCUGCAGAUACUAGCGCGCGGCUUGACGCGGUCGCGAAGGAACGCGAUGCGCUGCGGCAGGAAGUCACAGAGCUGAGGAAGAGCUUGGAGAGCAUACAGAGCAAACACAACAGUCAGCCCUCAGAGCAGUCCGACACCGACCAUGAGGCCGAGAUCCAAAGUCUGCGCGAAGAGUUGGAAGAAGCGAAUGAAGGGAAGGAACAUUUCGAGACACAGUACAAGAACCUGUUAGGCCGGGUCAGCUCGAUCAAAACCAGUUUGGGAGAUCGCAUGAAGGCUGAUGCUGCUCGGAUUGAGGAGUUCCAGAGUCAAGUCGCAGACCUCGAAGAGCAGGUCCGCGAACUGCAAGACAACAACAACACUCUCAAGGACGAAUUGGCAAAGCUUCGAAAGGAGAAUGAGACACAGGCCGGGGAGAUUUCAGAGCUGCGAACUCGAUCAACUCUUUCGCAGAGCAACUGGGUCAAGGAGCGCGACGAAUUGAUAUCUCGUGAAGCAUAUGCGCGGGAAGAAUUUGAAAAUGCGAAACAGGCCAUGCAGGACUGGGAAGUGCUCGCCAUGAACGAGCGCUCGUUACGUGAGACUCUUACAGAAAAAGACGCCGAGCUGAGAGAGCAGCUCGAGACUUUGCGAGAAGAAUACGAGAAGGCCGCUCGAGACAGAGACACGAAUGGCCAAAAUGUCGAAGGCCUGCAGAAGGCUUUGCAAGAAGUCCAGACGUUGCGGCGACAAGAGCUCAAAAACUCCGUCGAGACGUACGAAUCCCAACUCAACGAUCUCCGCAAACAAGUCCAAGCGGCCGAAAGCGCCUCCGCCGCGGCGAAAGCAACCGUCGAAUCCACCCAGAAGGAGCUCGAACGCGCCCUGCCCUUUGAAAAAGAAGUCAAAGAAAAGAACCUCCUGAUCGGGAAGCUCCGCCACGAAGCUGUCACCCUAAACGAGCACCUCACCAAAGCCCUGCGCAUCCUGAAAAAGGGCCGCCCAGAAGACAACGUCGACAAGCAGAUUAUCACGAAUUACUUCCUGCACUUUUUGGGCCUGGACAGGAGUGAUCCGAAGAAGUUUGAGGCGCUGCAGCUUAUUUCGGCGUUGUUGGGGUGGACGGAUGGAUUUAUUAACUUCGAAAUAGAGCAACGCGAACAAGCCGGCCUCGCCCGCCCCGGCGGCGCAUCAACGUCCUCCGGCCUGCGCAUUCCCAUGUCGUCGUUCCGACGCACGCCUUCCACCCCCUCGCUCAAUAGCAUCAGCGACCCGAUGCUGAUGGCGAGCAGUUCGAGCAACAAAGAAUCGCUGGCGGAGUUGUGGCAGGACUUUUUGGAGCGCGAGGCGGCGGAGGGGAAAGAUGGGGUGCGCAGGGAGAGUGGAAGCGCGACGAGUCCGCCGCCGAAGGGGGAGCGGGCUGGGGAGAAAUAG